UAUUUUGUUUUGAAUCGGCGAUGAUAACUUGAUGUAGAAUAUAUUGAUAAUAGUGUAUUUUAUUAUAUAUAGGCGUGUUUUAUACACGAACAAUAUUAUUACCGCUCAUUAAUGAAUACCAUACGUCUCUCGUCAAUAAUAUAUACGUCGCUUAUAUUGUCUAAAAGAAAAUUCACUCAUAAUAUAACAAACUAUUGCUUAUCUAAGGUGACAAGGAUGUCCCCUGUUAGAAGUAUAGCAGACUUGGGGUAUGCGUUUAAUGCCGAAGGCCAGUUAAGAAAAGUCAAUGACAAUGGAGAGCCUGGCGAGGAGCCAUUUCAAUUUAAUAUAAGUAAUGAUCAUCAAGAAUGUCAAGCACAUUAUGAGGUACUUGGGGCAGCAGUAACUGAGCAUGUGUACCAUUUACUUGAAUCACAAGAGAAUUUAAUAAAGCUUCCCAUACCCAAAGGGAGUACAGAAAAAAAUGGCACAUUUAUAUUUGUAUCACAGGAUUAUGAUAAGAAAGAUGUGUUGAUGGUUCUGAUACAUGGAUCCGGUGUUGUGAGAGCUGGACAGUGGGCUCGGUCCCUAAUAAUUAAUGAUUGUAUAGAAAGUGGUACUCAAAUUCCAUACAUCAGACAGGCAAAAGCCAGAGAAUAUGGAAUUAUGGUUCUUAAUUCAAAUGACAACUACAGAGAAGACAAAAGGAUACCACAUACUGGUAGUUCUGAAGAACAUGUCAAAUAUGUAUGGGACGAAUACAUUCCAAAUACAAAAGCGUCUUCAAUUGUUAUUGUAGCGCAUAGUUAUGGUGGAAUUUUAACUGUUGGGCUGGCAGAUAAACAAAAAAAGCAGUUUGAGAAGAGAGUAAAGGCUGUUGCAUUGACCGACUCUGUUCAUAGUUAUUCUGGAAUUAAAAUUUCGAAACAUUUAUUAAAGGUUUCAAGAAAUUGGAUAGCAAGUUCAUCUCCAUUAGAUACUCCUAUGAAAACUCCUAGCUCUGAUAUCUACAGGGUAUCAGCAGGUCACCCAAAACAUGAAAUGACGUCUUCCAAGUGUAUUGAUUCGGUCUUCAAAUAUUUUGAAGGAAUAUUAAAAGAACAUAAUGACAAAUAAAACAGCAAUAUAACUUCAAUAAGUGCCCUUAUAAUCUUCACAAUAAUUACUAUUAAGCACAAAAAAUGGAUUGCUUACAUUUUUUUCAACUAUACAGAGCAAAGUCUAUAUUUUUGCUUAGUGAGACAUA